AAAAAAAAGUCAAUGAUUUGGGUUUGUCACGUUAGUUGCAAACGUUAGCUGCUCUUAUUGGAUAUGGAUUCGUGAUGGGCCAAUAAAUUGGGCUUGGGAAUGUGGUGAGGGGAUUUUCAGAGUCGGUACAAGAUGGGCCGGACACAGGGUUUUAACCCUUGACGAGAGUCUCUGUUGGUACAAAACAAAAUCACACCGCGACCCUACACCGCCGUCUCUCGUCCUUCCAGAGCCACAGAGUCUUGACAGAUCUUUCUCUCUUAUUUUCUCCUUGUUCAUCUCCGCCUUAACGAUGUCCGGAGCUUCUUUGUCGGUUCGUGAGCGUGACCAUGGCAUCCACUUUUAUUUGGAUAUUGAUUCAAAUCCACUACCCGAGAAGUUUAAUGUCCCUACGUUGUUUACUCAAAUCGAAACAUCCUUGAAGUUAUACGAUGCUGAGAAAUUUCUAUAUCGAGUUGUGGCAUAUGGCGAUUUUACCCCUUAUGGCGGCGUAGAAGCUUUUCAAGUUCUUCGAGGUAAUAUUUCUGAAGACAGAUUUAAAUUCGUUCAUUUGCCUACCAGAAUCGCUGUUUGUAGAGACAAAGAAAAGAAUUGUCAGAAGCAAAAACCUGGUAAUAUACAUAUCGAUUUUGGAACCAGGUACAUGUCAAUUAUUCUAAGAAAUUGGGCAUCUGAAGUUGCCAUAAUUAUAUGGUAUGGAGGAUUUUCAUGAUGUGUGUUAAGAAGAAGAUCUUGCUUCAAGCAGAUUGUAUGACAAAUCCAUUUUAGCUGGAAAGGAAAAAAAUUCAAUCUAUUAAUGCUCUUAUUGUCUUAUUGAUAAAUACUGGUUUCCAAAAUCGAUAUGUAUAUUACCAGGUUUUUGCUUCUGACAA